AUGUUACGAAAGGUGCGGCAGUAUCCGGUCCGUCAGUGUGGUAAUCUGCACCUAUCCGAUCUAUCGACUUUAAAAUUUUGCUCGCGUGAUUCCGAGAUUGUUCAAGAGCGCAAUGAAGUUGCACUCGCAAAUCCGUCACCCCGGUAUGAGCAUGUUCGCAAGCUUAUCGUUGGCCUGGGAAAUCCUGGCGACAAGUUUACCAACACAAGGCAUAAUAUCGGUUUUAUCGCUGUGAAGCACUUUUUGGGGACGUAUGUAUCAGAAGUGACUAGAAGACACUUAAAAUUGAAGUACGAUGCGAGCAGUCAUGGUGACGUGGUGCGGUGUCGCCUUGCAUUCCAGCAAAAAGCAGCUGAUAAGAAAUACGCUUACCCAAUUGAUGACUUAGUGAACCUUUCAUCGAAACGUGCUAAAGAGCGAACGUAUGAAAAAGGUGUUCCUCACGAAAUGGUUAAUGUCGCACUGCUGCUACCAUCGACCUACAUGAACUGCUCAGGUACUGCUGUUCGAGCCUUUAUGAAGUCUCACCGUUGGCAAUUGAAAAAGAAUCCGCUGGCUUUAAAUCGGCAGGAUGAGUUGCUUGUGAUAUCAGAUGACGUUGCGCUACCAUUCGGCGAGUGUCGCUUUAAGCCAAAGGGAGGAUCGGGUGGUCAGAAUGGUGUGCGUGAUAUUAUCAAAUGUUUGGGUACAGAACGUUUCGCUCGACUUCGAAUCGGUAUUGGUGCACCGUAUUGGUUCACAGGAGGUAAUAGUGGCGCGGGAUCAGGGACAGCGAUGGAUAAGUACGUCCUUGGUCGUUUCAACAGCAAUGAACAGGACGCUAUGCCAGACUUGUUACGUUACAUAAUAUGGACUUGCAGGGCUAUUUAA